CCCCCCCGAGGUGGGCGAAGACCCGCCCGCACCCUGCCUUUGAUUGGCUCCGACCCUGGCAUUUUUCCCUGACCCCCCCCGCCUCUAACCACUCUAUGCCUAGACCGAGCCAAACAAGCCAAUCAGAGCGGUAGGAGGUAGCGGGUGGGAAGAGAACUGUCGCUCGCUCGCUGCGCCGCCUGAGUCGCUGGCUGACCGGGUGACUGGUUGCCGCGGCGGUCCGCAGGAGAAGCGGCUCAUACCUGACUGACUGCGUUCCUGCUGCAGCUCCGACCCGGGCCGUGAGCAGUCUGUGAUGGGGUACCGGAGUCAGUAACCGCGGAAACUGGGGCGUUGGCCUGCGCUCAGCAAGUUCACCAUGAUGUCCAUGACUUUUGGGUUUUCAAGCAGCGUGACACUGCUGUUUGACUUCUGGGAUGUGCACGGACCUGCAGGGAUGGUGCUGUCAGUGUUCGUGGUCUUGCUGCUGACGGUUUUCUACGAGGUGCUCAAAGUGUGGAGGAUGUGGCUGGGAAGCAGCUCUAAAUUGGCCCAACCGCAGUCGCUGUACGGCGCCCCCCCGUUGUCUCCCAGCGACAGCAGCUCCGUACUGGACAGCAGCCCCUCUGAAUCCUCGCUGGCCCCCAUGGAGUCCCACCAUGCAGUUCCAAACACCCGGAACAGCUGGUUGCUGCACGGUAUCCAGACAGUCCUGCACAUGCUGCAGGUGUCUCUUGGCUACAUGCUGAUGCUGUGUGUCAUGUCCUACAACACCUGGAUCUUCCUCGGGGUGAUCGUGGGUUCUGUUCUCGGUUAUUUCAUCUCUUUCCCUCUGCUGGGUCAGAUCUGAGGUAAACAAAGAUUCAAAAAGGAGAAAUGCAUUUGAAUCACCCACAGCAGAGUUACAGCACAACAGGAAUGUUAUAGGGAAGUCAUCCAUACCUUGUGGCAUGUUACAGUUGUUUUCAUCAUUUAUUUUUUCUGGUCAGCACUGACAGACAUUAGUAGCAACUACACAGAUAACUGUUUUUUUACUAAGUAGUUUUAUAAGUUAAAAAGUAAAAUUCAUCCUGAAGACUUUGAUGUUUUUGACUGCUUCAAAAUUAACAUUUUGUGGGUGGAACCAACAACGUUUUUAAAGUGAUGAAUUCUGAAUUUCUUUCUUUUUUUGCAGUAUUUUUGGAGUGAAACCUAAAAGUGGACUUGGAAUGGAGGUUUUCAUUCACAGGUCAUAAGACCAUAACGAAUUCUUUUAACUGAUCCUGACAAUAGAAACAUAUAUAAACAUGUCUGAUCGCUUGAGGUUGUGUACUGUUGAAUAUCAGGUUUCUUAGUGAUGGUUUUCUGUCACUGAAUAAAAAUCUCAAAGGACUUGAUUGACAAAAAUAAAGAAUAACAUUCAUGAAAUAAUUUUAUUCAUCCAUAUUUUAAACACCUGCAUGUUUACACACCACACAGAUAGGUUUUAUAAUAAAUAAACAGGAGGAAGUGACAGUCAACGGUCCACCGUUGGAAGCAAUGAGUCGUAAGUAUAAUAUGAAGGCAGCAAACUCAGAAUGUGCUUUGGAUGCAGUGGCAAUAGGUGAUUUCACAACAGGACACUAAGUCAUAACAAAGAAAAGAGACAAGUAAGAAUUGCAACUCUCUUCUCAACAUUGAACAUUAACUUGCAGCUUGGUCUGUUAACUACGGAUAGUACAUCAGUGAAAACAAUUCACCCAUUAAAGCGUGUGAUGCCAACAACAAAAAUGUGGUAACAUUUUAUUUUACUCGUCUUAAAGUUUCCUAUAAUUUCCUAAAGGAAGUUGAUAUGUACGUACAAAUUCAUAGAAAGUUUCCUGAAAAGAGUGUGUCAUUUGGUACUAAUUAUAAUAAAAAUGGAGGUAUAAAAUUAUAUAUCUGUCAUUUAUUUAACUAAAAUUUUCAUUUUAUCGUUCUCUCUCCAUACUUUAUUUCGACUACUGGUACCUAUGUGUACUCUGUAUAUACAGCACCUUCAGUAUUUCAUGUCUGUCUGUUUUUUAAGAGUCUGUGGCCCUUUCUAAAGUUUCUCCUUUUUUUUUCUCCAUUAAAGUUUUUUUUU